AACAUUCGCUAUCUUUUCUCUCUUAUUAAUUCAAGAUUUCUACCUAUUGUAAAUGGAUAGCAAGGUAUUCCUUCUACGUUUUUUCGUGUUCGCAAUUGGUGCUGUUAACGGAUUUCCCAUGAAUGAUCUAAUAGAAAAAUUGCCCGGACAACCAAAUGUUACUUUCCGGCAAUUUUCUGGCUACAUUGAUGUUGAUGAAAAAGUUGGCAGAAGUCUGUUCUAUUAUUUUGUUGAAGCUGAAAAUGAUCCUAUGAAUCGACCCCUUACUAUCUGGCUAACUGGAGGACCAGGUUGUGGUUCAGCUGGAGACGGAUUUUUAAGUGUUGGUCCUUUCAUUACUACUGCUAAUGCUCAUGGUCUCCAAAGAAAUCCAUAUUCUUGGAUCAAAGUGUCAAAUCUCCUAUUCAUUGAUUCCCCUAUUGGAGCGGGAUGGUCCUAUUCAAACACAAGCAGCGACUAUGAUGUUGGAGAUGAUAGUACUAACCUGCUUACAUUCAUACUCCAAUGGUUUGAAAAGUAUCCAAAUUUUAAGUCUAGAGAUUUAUAUCUCGGCGGAUCAAGCUAUGCAGGACACUUCAUACCCAAUUUCGCUAAUGCCUCUGAUUACAACAAACAACCAAACAAGUUCAAGUUCAAUAUCAAAGGAUUGGCAUUGGGAAAUCCGCUUCUUCGGAAUAAGCUAGACACUCUUGCAGUAUAUGAUUUUUUUUGGUCACGUGGGAUGAUUAAUAUUAACUUGCACCAACAAAUCUUGAAAGAAUGCAAUGGAAUUGACGAAGACAACUAUUCCAAUAAUGCUACCAAAUGGUCUGAAUCAUGCCAACAAGCCAUGAAUAAAGCCGAAUUUGCUGCUUUUGUUGUAUCUUCCAUUAAUGCAGCUAAGGCAAGCCGCUUUGAUGUUCUUCGUGCCUCUUGUGAUGAAAAUUGGGAAGACCUUGUGUUAGGAAAGGAGGUUACGAAGGUUAGUUAUGAUGUAGAUAUGUGCAUUCCCUUUAGGGCAGAUUUCUAUUUCAACAUUCCAGAAGUUCAGAAAGCUUUUCAUGGGAAUCGAACCAAUUUAGGGUAUCAAUGGAAGGGUUGUUUUCAGAAAAGUGGUCUUAAAUACAGCGAUGUUGAUAAAGACAUUGAUAUGCUCCCAGCAUUGAAGAAAAUUCUCCAACAGUCUAUUCCUAUUACAGUGUUCAGUGGAGACCAAGAUGCUAUAGUACCAACGGUUGGAACCUUAAACCAUGUAAACAAGCUAGCCAAGGAUAUGAAUUUGAAUUUGACAAAAGAUGAAGCUUGGAAUCAUGGAAACAAGGGUGGAGGUUGGACGUACUCGUAUGGCGAUCUAUUGACAUUGAUGACCGUCAAAGGAGCUAAUCAUCAUGUGACUUUUUCAAAACCAUCUGAAGCUUUAUUUAUCUUCACAAAUAUUGUAAUUAAUCGAUCACAUUGAGUCAGCCAAUGUCAAGAAAGCCUUAAUGUUUGAUGUUCUUUUCUUUUUCUUCCCAAAGAAAAAGGGAAAAAAAUCAUUGUAAUUUUAUGUUUUGUAGCUAUGAAAUAGCAUUGUUUUUUUUUUUUUUUGU